AUGGACAACCAGCAGAACAAUGCAGACUACGCUGCUUCAUACCCACCGAACGUGGCCAGUCAGCCCGGUCAACCCACUCCACCGGGUCAACCCACUCCACCGGGUCAACUCACUCCACCCAGUCACCGCCCACCCAACCAACCCAACCCGCUGGACCAAAAUGGCAUAAACAAUCAGAUGUACGACUACUACUACUACAACAAUAACCCCGAUGGGUCUAUGGGAAACAAGAUGGGUUAUAAUACUAUGCAAGGAGGAGACGUCCCCUACGACGGAAACUAUUCCAUGAAUUACGGAUACAUGAACCCGUCCUUCUAUCACAUGAACAGUGGAAUGCACGCUAUGGGUAGUAUGAUGAAUCCAUACAGUAACGCCAUGAGUAGAUUUCCAAGCAGAAUGGAAGAACAUCCUAAUAGCUACAGAUAUAACAAUUUAGACCAUACCUUUAGUGGGGGUAUGAAAUAUAAAGUGGGUGUAAAUAAUGCAUCUAGUAGCUCCUUCCAUUCAUCUGUAUCUAAUUAUAACAAUGAAGAAAAAAAAAACAUACUUGAAAUGACAAACACUACAACGUACAAUGUAAAUAUGUUACUCAGGAAUAACAUUUUAUCAUCCGAAUACUUCAGAUCACUAAUUCCACUGAAAACAUUGAAGGAGGUCAUAGAAGAAAUUCAUUUAUAUGCUGACCAUGUGGAACCCUACUGCGCUGGAAGUACAAGGGCCCCCUCGACUCUGUUCUGCUGCCUCUACAAGAUGUUCACCCUGCAUUUGUCGGAGAAGCAGAUGAAGAUGUUGAUCGAAAAUCGUGACUCCUGCUACAUACGAGCUUGCGGAUUUUUGUAUUUGAGAUAUGUCCACGCGCCUUCCAAUCUGUGGAUGUGGUUUGAACCCUACCUCCUGGAUGAAGAUGAGUUUAUCACAUCAGCCGAUAAACGAAAGAAGCAGACGAUAGGCGAGUACAUUCAGAGCCUCCUGGCGGACGAUAAAUAUUUCAACACAGUCCUGCCGAGAAUGCCCAUCAAAAUAAAAAACACCUAUGGUGCACGACUCAUGUUGAUGAGUGACCAUAGGAGGAGGCUCAGAAGGAACAAGGAGAACAUGCACAAAUUUGUCAAGGGAGAACCCAUUAUGGCCUAUGUCAACGGCGAGUGGGAGAAGGGCGAAAUAGGAGGCAUCGUGAAUCACGGAAAGGAAAAGAUUUUCGUUCGAAUCAGAAAAAUUGAUGGAAAUGAAAAGCUCGUUAAUAUGGGAUACGUGAAGCUGGGCUCGAAGGAGACCGACAGGAAAGGGGACACAGCAAGUGAGGAUUCUACGGAAAGGAGCCGAAUGAGAAAUGAAAAAACACACAGAAGGAGUAGCAGAAGUAGGAGCGGCAAAAGAAGGAGGCGAAGAAGCAGAAGCAGGAGCAGAGACAGGUGCAGCAGCCGGCAUAGAGGUAGACACAGGAAUAGGAGUCGCGAUCGGGAUAGAAGCCGAGACCGGGAUAGGAGUCGCGACAGGGACAGACGCAGAAAGAGACGAACCAGUGAAGAACGGAACGAUAAAAAAUACUCCUCAUACGACAAAUCGCAUAGAGACCACCGUGAUAGGUCACCCACAAGACGUGGAAGAAAACCCUACGAAGAAUCGCACAGGAAAAAGGACAUGUCCUCAUCCAGAUCGUCCAGGUCCUACAGUUCCGGAGAAGACGAUAAAACACAUAGAAAAGACAAGUACGAAAUUAAUGAAAACGAAUUAAUUAACAAAUUUAGAAAAAUGGAAAGCGAAAAAGCACUUGCUACUGGAAAGGAUUAUGCUCGAAGACCCACAUCAUACAAAUCCUCUCUGACCAUAAGGGUCGAGAAUAUUCACACGAGAAAGAAAUCCAUUUCCAGAUCUCCAAAAAGAAUAGACAAAACAGUGAGUCAUUCACACAAGGAUGAAAAGGGUACUGAAAAUUCUGCGAUGGAAAAUACCAAAUUGAUGCAGCUAAUGCAAAAGUAUAACAGACAGGACGAUGAUGAGGCGAAAAAUAAAAUGAACGUAGGGGAUAUGGAUGAAAUGGAUGUCAUGACGUUGGGAUAA